GGGAAUGGUUGAAGAGGGAGGGAGGUAUUUCAAAUCCAUGAUUCAGGAUUAUAACUUUGUUCCUUCCAUGAAACAUUAUGCAUGUAUGGUUGAUCUCUUAGCUCGAUCAGGUAAACUGGAUGAAGCAUUAGACUUCAUUAAGAAAAUGCCAGUUCAACGAGACGUUAGUUUGUAUGGAGCUUUCCUUCACGGAUGUGGAUUAUACUCGAGGUUCGAUCUCGGAGAAGUCGUACUCAGAGAAAUGCUACAACUACAUCGAAAUGAAGCUUGCUAUUAUGGGCUCUUAUAUAAUCUUUAUGCUUCAAAUGGAAAAUGGGGUGAAGUUAAUAAGGUGAGAGAUUUGAUGGUUCAGAGAUGAUUGAACAAAGUCGGAGGGUAUAACCUUGUAGAAACUAAUGCAGAUGUGCUGUUUCAUUAGGUGAAGCCACUUGUGUGGCUCAUAUCUUCAUGUUCUCGUUCAGAUAGUAAAUUUUUUUUGAAGUUCUGAAAUACUGAUUUGUGGAAUUUUCUUACUACCCUUGACCUCUCCUUUGAUGGAGUUUUGACGAGCCUUAUCCAAUAGGGAAAUGUGAGAUGGUGUUGAUCGUCUAACUUUACUUGGAGAACUUCGGUGUUUGGAACCGUUCUUAGUUCGGGCCAACACUAUAAGAAAUGGGCCAUUUAAUAGCGUUCGAAAUUGGACUAUUGAAAACGAAAUAAAAAGAAAAAGUGGGAAAUAUAAAAUUAUCCCGCCCAAUAUUUCUCACGCUUUGGAGAACGUUUAACGAUUUCAUCUCUUUUGCUCAAGAGACGGCCGUCGUUCCACGCUUUAUCUCUAUUGAACGUUUCACGCUUGCCAUACCCACCCACGUCCCGUCUCACACGACUGCCCUCCAUUCAACCGACGACGUUGCCGUCGUUGUCUCUGUCCAAUCGCCAACGCUGAAGCUCUAGCAUCGCCAUCGUCUAUAAGCCAACACACCGUCGUCUACAAGGGUUUCGCUUAGGGUUCUUCGUCUAUCAGCUCCUCCUCUCUUUACUGCUAUUAGAAACUUGGAGCUAAGGAUUCGAGCUCUGCUGAUUGAAAAUGGGAAGUUUCUUCUUUCACCAAAGCCUACAAGAAGAACUACUAGCACGGAGUAUAUUAUCUCAAUGGGUGCCGAAAACAUUUUGAGAUCAAGUAGCUCUUACAUUGGAAAACUGAGGUGGGUGAUUGAAGUCAACGGUGCCCUGGGAACUCUCUGUGCUAAUGAAACCUAUCAGCUUCAGGUCGACUUUCCUGAGCAUUACCCAAUGGAAACCCCACAGGUUAUAUAUUUCUGCAUCCAGCUCCUCUGCAUCAUCAUAUCUAUAGCAAUGGUCACAUUUGUCUAGCCCCAAUUUCUGUUGUGAAGGGAAUUCAUUAACUUGUUGAAGAGGCUAAUUUUUGCUUCAAUUACUCAACUUCUUCUCACAAAUGAACAUUUUGAAACGUUGCAUUAUCAGCAAGCAAGGAUUCAGAUAUGGUGGAGAUUUCAGAUUAGAAUGAAAGGUAGGAGUGCGGGUAUGACUAUAAAGAUUUUAGUCGGUGGGCUUCUGUCCUCAUUGUGAUGAUUCAAGAAUCAAAAUUGAUUGCCAAACCACAAUGGGUUGAACAAUGUUUUCAAAAAUGUUUGUGGCGGCCUUCAAGUGUCGCAAGGCUUUCAUAUUUAUCAAUAAAGUGAAAGCAUUGCAAAUUUCAUUCCUUCAUUCAUCAUCGCAAGAUAAAGUGGUGGAAAUAUGUUCUCAAGAGCAAGAAGUUGUGAUUGCUUUGGGCAGCAACGUGGGUGAUAGACUGCAGAAUUUCAAUGAAGCUUUGCGGUUAAUGAAAAAGGCAGGGAUACACAUUACAAGACAUGCUUGUUUGUACGAGACAGCACCGGCUUAUGUCACUGAUCAACCUCAAUUUCUUAACUCUGCUGUUCGAGCUGUCACAAAGCUUGGGCCACAUGAACUGCUGAGUGCAGUUAAGAACAUAGAGAAGCAGCUGGGACGUACUGCUGGUAUACGGUAUGGCCCAAGGCCGAUUGACUUGGAUAUUCUGUUGUAUGGAAGAUAUAAAGUACACUCAGAUACUCUCACCAUCCCUCAUGAAAGAAUCUGGGAAAGGCCAUUUGUGCUUGCUCCUUUGAUCGAUUUGCUGGGUUCAGAUGUUGAUACAGAUGAUGUUGCAUCCUGGCAUUCUUUGGCUGCUGAUCAUGGUGGACUUUUUGAGUCUUGGGAGAAAGUUGGGGGUGAAUAUCUUGUUGGUAAAGAAGGAAUGAGAAGGGUUUUGUCCAUUGGAAACAGUUUAUGGGACUGGUCUUGCAAGACUUCUGUCAUGGGGGUUCUUAAUUUGACACCUGACAGUUUUAGUGAUGGUGGAAAAUUUCAAUCUAUUGAAGCUGCAGUUUCUCAGGUACGUUCAAUGGUUUCAGAUGGUGCGGAUAUGAUUGACAUUGGUGCUCAGUCGACACGACCUAUGGCACCUAUGAUUUCUGUUGAAGAAGAAUUGGAUAGAUUGAUUCCAGUUUUGGAAGCUGUAACAAGAAUGCCAGAGAUGAGUGGAAAGCUCAUAUCUGUAGAUACGUUUUAUUCAAAAGUUGCAUUGGAAGCUGUCAAGAGAGGGGCUCAUAUUGUAAAUGAUGUAUCUGCAGGGAAUUUGGAUCCUGAAAUGCACAAGGUUGUUGCUGAUCUUAAUGUGCCAUAUAUUGCAAUGCACAUGAGAGGAGACCCAUCGACAAUGCAAAACAAAGAGAAUUUGCAGUAUGAUGAUGUUUGCAAUCAGAUUGCCUUGGAGCUACACUCUAAGAUUAGAGAUGCAGAAUCAUCAGGCAUCCCGGCCUGGAGGAUAAUCAUUGAUCCUGGGGUUGGAUUUUCAAAAACCACAAAGCAAAAUUUGGAAAUCCUAACAGGUAUACCAAAGAUCCGAGCAGCAAUUGCAAAGAGAAGUUUGGGCUUGUCUCAUGCUCCUAUGUUGAUUGGACCUUCAAGAAAGAAAUUUCUCGGUGAAGUGUGUUCUCGAUCAGUUGCAACGGAGCGAGAUCCGGCCACGAUUGCUGCAGUUACUGUAGGGGUUCUUGGUGGCGCAAACAUUGUCAGGGUACAUAAUGUGAGAAAUAAUGUGGAUGCAGUGAGAUUAUGUGAUGCAAUGCAAAAAGAGAAAAAGAGCUGAAGCAUUAUUUGCUUCUGUUUAUGUCAAUUUACUUUUUAACCUAAGAAGCUCGGACACUUAAGUUUGGAUAACGUGUUCGUGUCCCACACAUGUCGGAUACUUGGACACUUUGGCACUUGGAUGGUCCAACAAAUGUAUUAAACAUGCAUAAAAAAACUUAUAGAUGGAACUAAAAAGUCACGUAUAUGACAAUAAUAAUAACUUUUGAGCAUGAAAUUCAUCAAGUUAAGUCUUUUAAACA